AUGAAUUCUAUGCACCGGCAGAUCGGGAAGAUCAGGAAUAAAGGUCCUGGGGAUACUGCGAAAGUAUCGGUACUUCUGAACGACUAUGAAGAUGCGAAUAAGAUGCUCAAUAUGAUAAUUGAAGCUUCCAAAGCAUGGAGAGACGCAUGGGUAUCCAUGCUUUCCACUCAGUUGAACACAGCAACCAGUUUCGAAGAAUUAUACCAGCCCAUCGUAGGCACCAGCGAUGCUCAUCGAGACAAUCCAGCAGUUACCCCUCGCCAACAGAUGAGUCGAACUAUAAAAUUAAAGGAAACAUAUGCGGAGCUGAAAACAGAUUUACUGGAAGAGGUUAUGAUGAUGGACUCUCGGGUUACAAAACCAGCUACAGAAGCAAAGGACUUUUUACAACCUAUCCGGAAGACAAUUAAGAAACGGGAGAAUAAAAGAUUGGAUUGGGAGAGAUAUAUAGACAAGGUCAACAAAGCUUCUGCGAAGAUGAAGAGAACUGAUCGAGAGAACGCGGCGCUAGCAAAGGCUGAAGAGGAACAAGGGAGGGCAGCAGAGGCAUUCAAAGAUGCGGAUGCUCACCUUCGAGAAACACUACCACCCGUGAUUGCUGCAGCUUUUUCGAUACUCCCACAUCUACUCGCUGCCCAAAUAAUGAUCCAAAAUACCCUCCUCGCCCAAUAUUAUACAGCACUACACAACUACUGCGAAGAUGUGGGUCUACCCUCUCCACCACCACCGAUGGAAGACGUAAUCGCAGUCUGGAACCAGAGUUACCUCCCCAUAAAACAAGAAGUCGAACUGAUAGACUGCAUACGCCGUGGCAAGGCCACCCAUCAACCUAUGAACCUUGGCGAUGAAAACGCCAAUGCCAAAUCCGUAACUGGUCUUAACGUCCGCAAUGGUUUUUCUCGCCGUCCCUCAAAUCAGUCUAUGAGCACCAAUCGAGACCCUUCCCCAAACCCCAGCGCCUCAACCACAUAUUCCGAAGCUCGGUCUCCCAGACCCGAUCGACCACCCCCUAUUCGUUCCGCCUCACGUCCUCGCAUUACUUCGGCACAUACCGUACCUGUAUUUUCACCCCCCACAGCUCCCAGCACAGACUACUCUGAACCUCCACUCCCAACCCCUGACGCAGACUACUCCAACCAUUUAACUCCUGCGUCCACCCAUUCCUCCUAUACUCCGGCUGGCCCCUCGCCAGAUUAUUUCCAACGCGGCUCUACCAACGAAGGCUUAGCCGUCAAUUCUGCCAUUGGCAAGAAAAAGCCUCCGCCUCCUCCACCUAAACGUCUCGGCUCAUCUAAUGGUGGAAUUUUCGUAGUAGCGCUUUACAGUUUCGAGGGACAAGGAAAAGGAGAUUUGAGUUUCAAAGAAGGUGACCGAAUCAGGGUUACGAAGAAGACGGAUAGCACAGAUGAUUGGUGGGAUGGGGAAUUGAAAGGAGUGAAGGGGAGUUUUCCGGCCAAUUAUUGUAAAGCUGCAUGA